GUAGUGAAAUGGAAUUCGAACCAGAAUCUGAACUCUAUGAAGUAUAUACAACCCUUAAGAAGCCUCUUAUCACCGAAGUUGCUGCAUGUAACAAAGUUCUUAAUGCAAGAACACAACAAAAAACCUGGGAUAAAUCAAAAAUUGAAAAAUUAGCUUUUUGGCUUCAGUAG